GCGGAGUGAGGCGGCCGCGGGCCCGAGCCCCCCGGGUGGGGGGAUGCUGUCCCGGAAGAAGACGCGCACGGAGCUCUCCAAGCCGGGCGAGGUGCAGGGCAAGUACGUGAAGAAGGAGACCAGCCCGCUGCUCCGCAAUCUGAUGCCUUCAUUUAUCCGUCAUGGUCCGACCAUUCCACGGCGAACUGAUAUCUGCCUUCCUGACUCGAGCUCUUCUGCCUACUCUGCUGCAGGGGAUGGACUAGUUUCUAGAAACCAGAGUUUCCUUAGAACUCCAGUUCAGAGGCCACCUCAUGAAAUAAUGAGGCGAGAAAGCAACAGACUAUCUGCGCCUUCCUAUCUUGCAAGAAAUUCGGCUGAUGUCCCUCGGGAAUAUGGUUCUUCCUCCCAGUCCUUUUUAACAGAAGCUAACUCUGUUACAGAAAAUGGAGAUGCUGGUGCCCGUUAUUACUAUGAUUUUUAUGAUGGUCAAAGGAGGCAUCAGCUAAGUGAUCGUGUACAUGAGAACUAUAGAUAUUAUGGACAUAACAAUGAUCUCUUCCAAAGGAUGUCACAGAGUCAAGGGAGGCAUACUGCAGGCAUUGGCAGGAUUCCUGCUACAUCACUAGGAAAUUUAACAAAUCACAGUUCUGAAGAUUUACCUCUUCUUCCUGGCUGGUCAGUGGACUGGACUAUUAGAGGAAGGAAAUACUACAUUGAUCAUAACACUAAUACGACUCAUUGGAGCCAUCCACUGGAGCGUGAGGGGCUGCCUCCUGGAUGGGAAAGAGUUGAGUCAGCAGAAUUUGGAGUGUAUUAUGUAGAUCACAUCAAUAAAAGAGCUCAAUACAAGCAUCCCUGUGCUCCCAGCGUUCCUCGUUAUGAUCAACCUCCACCAGUGACUUAUCAACCACAGCAAGCUGAGAGAAGCCAGCCCCUUCUAGUGCCUGCAAAUCCAUACCACACUGCAGAGAUUCCUGACUGGCUACAGGUCUAUGCCAGGGCUCCUGUAAAAUAUGAUCACAUUCUGAAGUGGGAACUCUUCCAACUAGCUGAUCUAGAUACAUACCAGGGAAUGUUGAAGCUACUCUUCAUGAAAGAACUAGAACGAAUUGUUAAACUGUAUGAAGCAUACAGGCAAGCCCUUCUCACAGAGCUGGAGAACCGCAAGCUAAGGCAGAAGUGGUAUGCACAACAACACGGCAAGAAUUUUUAAGCUAACAGUUUUUUUAAAAUGGAAUUUCAUGAGGACACUAAGAGCUUUAAAAGAUUUUUAUUUUUUUUUAAACCAUGAACAAGUGCUUUGGUUUAAAAGGCAGCUUAUUUUUGUUGAUGUUGCACCUUUGUCAUUAAUUAUCCUCUUGAAUGUUUUUCUACAUAUAUAAGGUAUUGUUUAUAGAAUGAAAAACAUGUUUGUUAUUCUUUUUCUGUACAAAAAAGUUAGUUGUUUAUUCUGAGAACCAGUGUGGAGGAAAAAACACUUAAUUCUGGUAUCUCCUUUUAGCAGACAGCUGUAUUAAGAAGCUGUCUCUAUAUUUUUACAUGGUGAUAAAUGCAAUUAUAAGGAAUGUCCUGGAUGCAAAACAAUGUUUUUAAAAUCCAAAUUAAUAAGUUUAUUUCCCUUCAGAUGCCCUGUGUGUCUCUGGGGAGAGUCUGUUCUUUGUGCAACAUCUACGCUAAGAUGUUUACUGCUUUAAUGUACAGAAACACUGACACUGUUACUUUACAGUAACACUCAGUAAUAUUACUAAAUAGUGCAGAAGCAUAGAUUUUUUUUCCCCCCAAUCGGAACAAAAUGCUUCAUUGAUGAAGUAUGAGGUGCCUUAUAUUUUUUACUAUGCUAUAUGCAUCGUAUCACUUUAGAUUUGCCAGCAAUCUGCACAGAACUUUGUCAUGGGGCAAGAUAACCUGCAGCCUCUUCAAGACUAAGGGCCGGUCUGCAGUUCAAAGACACCUCUACCUCGAUAUAACGCUGUCCUCAGGAGCCAAAAAAUCUUACCGCGUUCUAGGUGAAACCGCGUUAUAUCGAACUUGCUUUGAUCCACCGGAGUACGCAGCCCCGCCCCCCCCGGAGCGCUGCUUUACCGCAGUAUAUCCGAAUUCGUGUUAUAUCGGGUCGCGUUAUAUCGGGGUAGAGGUGUAUAGGUCAACCUAGCUGCAUUGCUCAGGUGUGAAAAAUUCAUACCCCCGAGAGACACCUAAGCUGACCUAAGCCCCGGUGUAGACAGCACUAGAUCAACAGAAGCAUUCCUCCCUCGAUCUAGCUACUGCAUCUCUGGGGGGUGGAUUACCUACACCGAUGGGAGAAUCCCCUCCAUUGCUGUCGUAAGUGUGUGUGCUACAGCUGUGUUGCUGGAGCAUUUCCAGAAUGGACAUACCCUGCGACCUGCAAGCUGCUCCACAUGCGUGUUGAGCUAACUGCAGUUGGAAAGCAAUAGAAUUAUCUAACUGACUUAGCAGCCAUAAAUCUCCAUGAUAAAAUCAGGGAUGCAUUUUUUGCAAAAAUGUUGUCUUAUAACGAGGUUUUCUUUACACAUGAAGUUUUUAACCUGCACAGCUACCCCUUCCAGUAUCAUACUUUGGUUCAUUAGAUGUUUAUGGCUCCUUUUUUUAAUGCAAUAAAUAUUGUUGCAAAUAAGAGAACACAUUUCCUGUAAAUCCCAUCAAUUCAAUAAAUUUCAAUGUUUUGC